CCUGAAUCAAUAAUGCUAAUUUCUCGUUUCAUAUUCUUUUCUGCCAAUCGCCGCCUCGCCCGUGCUCCCAAUCUACUUCAAAGGUUUGGUCCAUCUAAGAGAAUCCAAUCUUGUGGCUAUGUGAAAUCAGCAAAGAACAAUUACAAAAAGCCAACCAGUCAUCCUGUUAUGAAUGUAGAAACACAGUCUUCACGCUCGUGGAGUGCUUAUGUUAUUCCAGCUGCUUUACUAGGAUUUGGUGGAUUGGUAGCUUUUUUACAUUAUAAUGAUGAGAGAAGAGCAAUUAAGAAAGGCCAGGGCAACAAUCGUGGUUAUGGUGCUGUGGCAGCUCCAAUUAUCGGUGGCCCAUUCACUUUGGUCAAUACAGAAAAUCAGAUUGUUAAUGAACAGGACUUUCUUGGGAACUGGGUUCUCCUCUACUUUGGCUAUACAUCAUCUCCUGAUAUUGGACCUGAUCAAGCACAAAUGAUGGCCGAGGCUAUAGAUACAUUAGAGUCAAAAGAGAAUUUGAAGGUUUUACCAGUAUUUGUGACAAUUGAUCCUCAGCGUGAUACUCCUGCACAACUCCGUGCUUACCUCAAAGAAUUCGAUCCAAGAAUAGUGGGAUUGACAGGACCUGUUAGUGCUGUAAGGCAAAUGGCACAAGAAUAUCGUGUUUUCUUCAGGAAGGUUGAAGAAGAAGGAGACGAUUAUCUUGUCGAGUCUUCUCACAACAUGUAUUUGCUAGACCCAAAAAUGAAGGUUGUAAGAUUCUUUGGACUAGAGUACAAUGCUGAGGAACUGUCAAAAGAAAUAUUGAAGGAACUGAAGAAACACCAACCUAAAGCUGAGUAGCAUGGCUAUGCUGCUUGCUGUUGUGCUGGGGGUAAUAAUGUAUAUCAGACAUUUUGGACAAGGUAGAGACAACUGAAACCAACCACAUUGUCUAAGUGGCAAAAAUAAAAGGAAGAAACUUUUCCAUUCUCAUUCUUUGGGGAUCCAUUUUCUCCCAAUUUUCUUGUAGGACAAUUCAACUGUUACAGAUGCAGUUCAUUAACUUGACAGGAGGGAUUGAAUUUCGAGAUGGAUAAGUUGGAUGACGUUUAAUUUUAUUCUCUGAAUAUUUCUUAUAUGUGAAGCACAAAGCAACUAUCUGUUCGCAUAUUUGUUUCUGGAAUGACAAAACCGAGCUGCAGGUUAUACAGCCUGAUCCAAACUUCUACAUCUUGGUUUUGCACCUUUAUCAGGGCAAUAUUGCUUGUCUGGGCUGCCUCUGAAAUGCUGGUUUUUGGGCCAUCAAACAAGGUCUCUUCAUGUUGUCUGGGCUAUAUCACUUACCAUAUAUUCAUUUAGCAAAGGCAUUUGACAACUUCUAAACUGAUUACAAGUCUAGAAACUCCAUUGUUGGAGUAUCUUUAAACGUGUUGGCCUAUUUCUCAGGAUGAAUAUUAAAAAUCAAGUGGAUAAAAGAUGAAAGGGGCUUAUAUCUCAUGUUAUAUUAAUUAAGGCACUAACAGACUUACGUGCCUUCCUCUUUGUUUUCUCUUAAUUUGUUCAUGAAUGAGGCUGUGCUGGCUUAGUACAGCUAAAUCUUCAAAAAUCCCAAAUUUAGGGUGCAUGAUUCUUUCUAAAAUUCUAGAGAUCCUCGUUUAAUCUUGGACCGGGUCUCUAGCUUGUCUAUUUACGUCAUCAUACA